AUGAGACAAAGGAGAGCACUUAGACAAUUCACUUUGAGUACAGGGAAGUCUGCUGGUAGGAAUUCUUCAGGACGUAUUACGGUUUUUCACCGAGGGGGUGGGUCGAAGCGAUUGCAGCGAAGAAUUGAUCUGAAACGAAGCACUUCGUCUAUGGGCAUUGUAGAAAGGAUAGAAUAUGACCCUAAUCGUUCUUCUCAAAUCGCUCCAGUACGAUGGAAAGGGGGGGCCCACCAGAGGAAAUGCAAGACGAUAGAAGAGUUCGCUCCGCAGCGUAAGAUACUGGAAUUUACCACGACCACCAUCCGCGGUCCAUUUGCGUUCUCUUCCCUGCCCGGGAAGGUGGAUCAAAGAAAGGUAGCUUGCUUCUCUCCUAGACUGAUGGCGACUUAUGUAGUGGUCGGCCUUCCUACCAGAAUGCCUUCUUUUUCGAAGAGCCCCUUUACUAGUACUAGUAAGGGCGCAGAAAGCAAAAAAACUUGCGCGAAGGACGUUUUCUUCUCUGCCUUCUCCUCUCCAAAGGCCAAGGGAGAGACUGCAUCCCUUUCCUUCGGUAGCUCUUUUGGUUUCCCAAGGAUAGCGGUAGCUGGGGCAAAGCCCGCUUUCUUCGCUCCGCGAAUGAGAGAGAAAGUCAGAGGAAAAAACACGAUCUCUCUUUGCGAGAUCCGAAAGUGGAGAACGCAUAGCAUUCUCUGGGCACAUAGGAUCAAAGGUAAAGCAGCGCUCUCUUGGCAGAGGCGGCAAGAGACUUUAGGGCUUGUUGGAGCUUCUGAGCAUAACGAAUCGAAGCCGAAGACGGAUCAAGGCUUUUAUACCAAGGCGAUAGACGAAGGGCCGAAGGAUGGAACGUGCAAAGUCGAUCGUGCACCUGUCGUGUGA